GCGUCUGGCUGGAGGUGGCGUCUGCGCCUCCGAGUCGGGGGAAAGAGGGGCGUUCGAUGCGACUUCGCCGCGCUUUCUUUCCCGUCUGUGCGGCUGGGGAUUUUCUUUUUUCCUGCGUGUGACUCUAACCAGCAGACGUGCCAAACAAGAGGCUCAGCAAACCCCCUUCAAACAUUCCCGGAGACUUCCCUCUUCUUCUUCUUCUUCUUCUAAAAGUUUCCUGCGGGUGCAGCAUGAAGUGCAGCGAUGGCAAGGAGAGGUAAGACGGUGGCGAGGACGCUGGAAGAUCUGACGCUGGACUCUGGUUAUGGUGGCGCCGCAGACUCCGUCCGGUCCUCCAACUUGUCCCUGUGCUGCUCCGAUUCCCCCCACGCGGCUCCCCCCUAUGGAGGAAACGGCUGGCAGCAUCUAACUGACUCCAUGCACAGUCGCCACAACAGCUUCGACACCGUCAACACCGUCCUAGUGGAAGACUCCGAGGUGCUGGACUGCUCCGGGCAGCACUGCUCCCGGCUGCUGCCUGACCUUGAGGAGGUCCCCUGGAGCCUGGACGAGGUGGAGGCGCUGCUCCUCCUCCCGCCGCGCAAAGAGCCCCGCGGGCUGGGGGCCACCGGCACCACCGCCAGCGCCGCCACCCUCAGCGGUGGCGGCGGCGCCCCCCCUGCCAAGGAUGCCCUGGCCCGGCUGUCCGCCUUGGCCGGCCGGGCGCUGGUGCGGCUGGCCAGGGAGGCUCAGCGGCUGAGCCUGCGCUUCGCCAAGUGCACCAAGUACGAGGUCCAGAGCGCCAUGGAGAUCGUGCUGGGCUGGAGCCUGGCGGGCAGCUGCACGGCGGCCGCGCUGAGCGCCCUGUCCCUCUACAACAUGAGCAGCAGCGGCGGGGACCGCUUCAGCCGAGGCAAGUCGACCCGCUGCGGCCUCACCUUCUCGGUGGGCAAGUUCUACCGCUGGAUGGUGGACAGCCGGGUGGCCGUGCGCAUCCACGAGCACGCCGCCAUCUACCUGACCGCCUGCAUGGAGAACCUAUUCCGAGAGAUCUGCGCGCGAGUCCUGCAGCUCGCCGCCUCGGCGCCGCCGCCGCACCACCAUCACCACCACCACCUCCAUCACCAGGCGCAGCCGCCGCCGCCGCCGGGCCCCCCGCAGCAGCCGCCGCCGCCGCCGCCGCCGCACCACAGGGGCCCCGGCUCCAGCGCCGGCUCCGGCGCUCCUUCCGCCGCGGCUCCCGCCGCCGCGCUGCCUCCCGCCGCGCCCGGGGCUGCCGACAAGGACCGGGAGAGCAACGGUGGCAGCAGCAGCACCGCCAGCGGCGAGGCGCCCCGAUUGACGCUGGAAUCCCUGGAGCAGACGGUCAACAACGACUCGGAGCUGUGGGGGCUGCUGCAGCCCUACCAGCACCUCAUCUGCGGGAAAAACGCCAGCGGUGUUCCUUGCCUGCCUGAAAGUCUGAAUCUUCACAAAGACCAGCAAAGGUCAAACAAGCCAGGGGAAGUCCAGAUGUUCAGCCAAUCAGAGUUACGGACCAUUGAGCAAUCUUUACUAGCAACGCGGGUGGGAAGUAUUGCAGAACUCAGUGACUUGGUGUCUCGAGCAAUGCAUCACCUGCAGCCGCUCAGCGCAAAGCAGCAUAGCAACAGCACUCCCAUGCAUCACAAGCCAGGAUCGCUAUACUGGGAGCCGGAGGCAUUGUACACGCUCUGUUAUUUUAUGCACUGCCCCCAGAUGGAAUGGGAGAAUCCAAACGUAGAACCUUCCAAAGUCACACUACAGACAGAAAGGCCUUUCAUAGUGCUGCCACCUCUGAUGGAAUGGAUAAGAGUCGCUCUGGCUCAUGCAGGGCACCGCCGCAGCUUCUCGGUGGAUAGCGAUGAUGUACGGCAAGCAGCCAGACUCUUGCUGCCGGGAGUUGACUGUGAACCUCGACAGUUAAAGAUUGAUGAUUGUUUCUGCGCUUCUCGGAAGUUGGAUGCUGUAGCCACAGAAGCAAAAUUCAAGCAAGAUUUGGGAUUCAGAAUGCUGACCUGUGGCCGAACAGAUCUGGUCAAACAGGCCAUAGCUUUACUGGGGCCUGAUGGAAUUAACAGCAUGAGUGAACAGGGCAUGACUCCACUGAUGUACGCUUGUGUGAGGGGAGAUGAGGCCAUGGUCCAGAUGCUACUGGAUGCAGGAGCUGAUCUAAAUGCUGAGGUUGUCAGUACUCCUCAUAAAUAUCCAUCCGUCCACCCCGAGACCCGCCAUUGGACAGCUCUGACAUUUGCUGUGUUGCAUGGACAUAUUCCUGUAGUUCAGCUGUUGCUGGAUGCAGGAGCCAAAGUAGAAGGUUCUUUGGAACAAGGAGAUGAAAACUAUUCUGAAACUCCUUUGCAACUUGCAGCAGCUGCUGGUAAUUUUGAGCUGGUUAGCUUGCUUUUGGAACGAGGUGCUGACCCUAUGAUUGGAACCAUGUAUCGGAAUGGAAUUUCCAUGACUCCUCAAGGUGAUAUGAACUCCUUCAGCCAAGCCGCUGCCCAUGGACACAGGACUGAACAUGUGCAGCUAGCAAGAUCUAAGCAUAUAAGAAAUGUUUUUCGUAAGCUGCUUGCUCAGCCAGAAAAGGAAAAAAGUGACAUCCUGUCCCUGGAGGAGAUACUGGCUGAGGGAACUGACCUGGCAGAUGGUGCUCCAGCUCCUUUAUGUGCCAGCCGCAAUAGCAAGGCCAAGCUGAAAGCUCUGAAAGAAGCUAUGUAUCACAGUGCCGAACAUGGUUACGUGGAUGUGACCAUCGACAUCAGGAGCAUAGGUGUCCCAUGGACACUUCACACAUGGCUGGAGUCCUUGCGAACAGCCUUCCAGCAGCACAGAAGGCCUCUCAUCCAGUGCUUAUUGAAAGAAUUUAAAUCGAUUCAGGAGGAAGAAUACACUGAAGAACUCGUCAUACAAGGGUUGCCUUUGAUGUUUGAGAUAUUGAAAGCAAGCAAGAAUGAAGUUAUUAGUCAGCAGCUGGCUGUCAUUUUCACUCAUUGCUAUGGACCCUAUCCUAUCCCAAAGCUUGUUGAAAUCAAACGCAAGCAGACUUCUCGUUUAGAUCCCCAUUUUCUUAACAAUAAGGAAAUGUCAGAUGUUACAUUCCUUGUAGAAGGAAGACCUUUUUAUGCACACAGAGUGUUAUUAUUUACUGCAUCCCCAAGGUUUAAAGCCCUAUUGUCCAGCAAACCAGUAUCUGACAGCACUUGUAUCGAAAUCAGCUAUGUGAAAUAUCCCAUUUUCCAGCUUAUUAUGCAGUAUCUCUAUUACGGAGGUGCAGAGUCACUUCUCAUUAAAAACAAUGAAAUAAUGGAGCUUCUAUCUGCUGCUAAAUUUUUCCAGCUUGAAGCAUUGCAACGACACUGUGAGAUCAUCUGUGCAAAAAGUAUCAACAUAGAAAACUGUGUGGAUAUUUAUAAUCAUGCCAAGUUUCUUGGAGUCACAGAACUAGCUUCCUAUUGUGAAGGUUACUUUCUAAAAAAUAUGAUGGUUCUAAUUGAAAACGAAGCUUUCAAACAGCUGCUGUAUGACAAGAAUGGUGACUCAUCUGGCCAAAAUGUACUGCAAGAUUUACAGAGGACGUUGGCAGCACGGAUCCAGUCGAUUCAUUUGUCAUCUUCAAAGGGUUCCAUUGUAUAAAGUUCAGGAAGGGUCCGAUGUUUGGAAAAGGCUCUGCAAGUGAAAUUUUUCUGAUGCAGUUUCUUAAGUGAACAUACAACAAUCUUUUUCCUAUUGGAGUGGUUGUGGGCCAAAGGUGCUGUCAUUUACUUGAAUCUUCUCUUGGACAAGAGGUUGUGGUACAUGUGGCUCCUAUGGUUUUGGAACUGCAAGGAUAUGUUGCUAUCCUGUGAAUUGCCAUUUGGAUUUUGAACGUGGGAAGUGUUGUUGUGCAGCUAGCACCAACUGAAGCAGCCGGGUCAUGCGCCCUCAUAAACAGCAGAAGCCCCGCAUAGAAGAAGGAUGCCAUGGAACAAUUAUUUGACAAAACCAACACAUCUGGUUGUUUUUGUUACACAGUGUCAUAACCUUCUGUCCAAAAGGUAGUGUCCUUGUCCCAGAGUCCAGUUGUAUGAUGCAUUUAAGAAAGGAAAAAUAACAUAAGACCUGAUAGGUACUGUUUAGCAAGAGUCAAAGAACUGGUAAGACUGUUAAAAAUGAGAAAAUAUAUUGGUAAAUUUUUAGUAGUGGGAACUUUUUAAAAUUGUUCAUAAAAAUGGGGUGGCCUUGUAGUUUAAAAAAACCCUAUUUCUUAAGCUCCAAAUUUCAUUUUCAGCAGAGUUGUAUUUGAGAAUGUAUGUGACAUGUUAUAUUUUCUUUUUGGUUUUUUUCAAUGGUAAAAUGUACACUGUGUAAACACACCUGAAAAGGUUCAGCUCAUAAGCUUUAACCUUAAAGUGGUAUAAUCUUGCCUAAAUGGCUAUGGUUACACGAAAGAGGUACAUUACCAAGGACUCUUACAGUAGUUUGGGGUGGGGGAAAUCUGCAUGCUAAUUGUGGUUUAAGGUUUAAAACAGCAACAAAAUUCAACAUGCAUUUGCAUGGUAACAGUACCUGUGAAAUGUUACAUUUGUGCUUCAUUUUGCCAAGCAAAAAAAUUGCUAUGUUAGUUCUUAGUCAAAUCAGAUUUGUGGAAAUAUCAUAUUUCAGGGUUUUGUUUUCUGAACACGCACAAUUUCCGCAGGGAAGAGUUUUAAAUAUGAUGAUUUCUAGUUAUUAUAUGAAAGAGAUAAUUCCUGGGUCGCUAUUCGAGGGAAAUGUUGGUAUUUUGCUACUGGACAGAGGUUAAGAUUAAGAUGAUUUAUUUUAAUUAUAUAUUGAAUAUGUACUAUAGACUGAUUUCUUGCCGUAAAUUGAGAAUGUGUAGAAUAUAUGCUUAUGGAGGCCAGUAACAGGCCUCAAGCUAUUUAGCAACAUGUUUUUAUCACAACAAACCUAUUAAGUGCCACACUUAUUCUUGACAAUUUACAUUUGAUCAAAUUUUCACAAGAGGAUUGCAGUAAAGAUUUACUAGAUUCAUUGUCAUGCUACCUUUUCCUUGGUAAAAUUGUGUUGGUUUGCCAACCUCCUUGAAGAACUCAUGGCCAGAUCAUAGUAUUUAGAAGUUUUCAUGGUAACAGCACAGAGUAAACUCUAGGUCUUUUAUAAGGUGCUACUUCACCCUGCUAGCUUUUUGAAAUGUUCCGAAAAUCAGAGACAAUGGAAUAAGAAGUUGCUCUGUAGCUCUGAACUGCAGAUUCUCUUAAGUUGUUUUAAACCAUUCCUGCAACAACGCUGCACAUUCUAAACUACUCAUAACAUUACAGAGGCAAUAGCAUGGCAACUUAAUAAUGAAGUUUUCUUUCUUUCUGCACCUGAUAAUAUCAUCUAAAAUUGUAUAGAAUGUGUCUGUAAUGGCAACUUGCCUUUCUGUGAAUGUUGCAGAGCUUAGAGGGGCAAGAAGCUGGCCAGUGUUAUUGUAGUUCCCCUAGGUGCUUCCACUAUAUUUGCUGUGCUUCCCUGGAUACUGAAACCAUGCUACCCAAAUGAAGGGUAACUUGUAAC